UGCCGUGUGACGCACGAGCUUUGUGGUGACCGCGUGUCAUUCAUCGAUUCGCGCGCGACAUGUGCCCCAAGUUUCCCUUCCAGUUCUAUUUGCUGUAAGCUCUCUUCGAGCAAUGGCUAAAGGUCACGCACGAGAUGUCACAAUGUUUGUUGUCCAGUGUUACGUCUAAUAUCGUUAUCAAAAGGUCCCGUUAUGCUGCUUCAAUAUUCACCAGGAAUUGCUUGAAGCGUGUCGAAUCGUCAUCGAAAUACUGCAUCCAAUAAACUUCGGAAAUAAAGAAAAGUCGCAUUCCAUUGCAGGUACCAAACAGUCGAUUAUCAAACAUGUGCGCGAUUUGCAAGCAAUCAACGUCGAAACAUCGAAGGCGAUGAGCGCAGCGUGACGCUAUAACUCUUACGAUUCAGUGUAAUAGAGCGACGAAAACAGAAAAUGGAAAUACCAACGGGAACGACGAAGACAAAGAGGAGUUUUAUAAGCAGCGUCGGCCUCAAAUUAGAUCUUGAACUGGCGAAGAUUCAUAAGAAUAUAACUGGCCCAUCGCCUAUCAAAACAUCAAAUACACCGGUUGGCGUUAAUCAGUUGAAUCUUACAUUCGAUGCUCUCAGUUAUUACGUUCAAACUGGUUUCUUUAAGAAAGAAAAGAAACGCGUAUUGUCGAACGUCUGCGGGGAUUUUCGACCUGGCGAGCUCACGGCGAUUAUCGGACCGUCCGGCGCCGGCAAAUCCACGCUCAUGGACAUUUUGGCCGGAUUCACGACUUCGGGCGUGACCGGCGACAUCCGUGUGAACGGCCGAGGACGCAAUCUCGCGGCGUUUCGUCGCUCGUCCGCCUACAUCAUGCAGGACGACAACCUGCAGCUGCUGCUCACCGUGCAGGAGUCCAUGAGCGUGGCCGCCAAUCUGAAGCUGGGGCCGGAAACCCCGGAGGUCGACAAGCAGCACGGCAUAGACAUAAUUCUACGAGAAAUGGGCCUGGGCUCGGCACGCGACACGCGCGCUGUCGACCUGAGCGGCGGCCAGAAGAAGAGGCUCGCGAUCGCCUUGGAGUUGAUCAGCAAUCCGCCGAUGAUGUUCUUCGACGAGCCCACCAGUGGCCUGGACAGCGUGGCGUCUCGACAAUGCGUCGGCUUGCUGAAAUCCCUGGCGCAGGAAGGCCGCACGGCGGUCUGCACGAUCCACCAGCCGAGCGCGGCCCUCUUCGACAUGAUCGACCACUUGUACGUGGUCGUCGCCGGCCGCUGCGCUUACGCCGGGAGCGCGCGCAACCUCGUACCUUAUCUCGCGAGCGUCGGCUUGCCGUGUCCCACUUACCACGAUCCCGCUGAUUUUCUGCUCGAGAUUGUGAGCGGCGAUUACGGCGAUCACUCGCCGCGACUGAUUAGAUCCUCGGAGAACGGCAAGAGUCCGCUGUGGAGAAGCACGAGGACGGAGAGAAAGAAGGUUGCGCCGCUGAAGUUGGCGCCGAAAUUGCCAUUAUCGGCGACGCCGAUUCUGUACGAGUGCGAGGAUCGCGCUGGAUCGGCCUACCAUGCCACCAGUUCGUGGAGGCAGCUCGGACUUCUGUUGAGGCGCAACGCUGUCAGUCUCUCUAGGGAUCGAGUUCUCACGUUCAUGCGGCUGACGAUGCAUCUGCUGAUCGCGCUGCUGGUCGGCACGUUGUGCUACCAAACCGGCCAGGAUGCUGCUCGCGCUCUCGAUAAUUUCAAUUUACUAUUUUUCAGCUUGCUCUUCCUCAUGUUCAACGCGCUAACCACGACCAUCAUAACGUUUCCAGCGGAGCUGCCGAGCUUAAUGCGCGAACACUUCAACCGAUGGUACAAAUUGCGCUCGUUUUACAUCGCCAACAGAUUUGCCGAUUUACCCGUGCAAAUCGCUGCCGUUUCGAUUUAUACGCUUGUCAUGUAUUUCAUGACUGGACAGAUGCUAGAGUCCAAAAGAGUAGCGAUGUUUAUUUUAAUCUGUGUGUUGGUCUCUUUGAUCGCACAGGUUAUAGGAAUUAUUGCUGGUUGCAGUCUUGGUAUUCAGACAGCGCCGAUUUUCGGCCCAUUCACGAUACUUCCGUACGUGAUAUUUAGUGGAUUUUUCGUGCAUUUAAACGACGCUCCUUCCUGGUUACAAUGGCUGUUUCACGUAUCAUUCCUCAAGUACGGUUUCGAAGGAGUUAUGAUUGCAAUUUACGGGAACAAUAGACCAAAGAUGCAAUGUUCCGAAGACUACUGCCAAUUCUGCUGGCCCAGAGUAUUCUUAAAGGCAGUCGAUAUGGAGCAUUCGGACUAUUGCUUUGCAGCAGCUUUCCUGUUCGGACUUUAUGUUGUACUAGACCUGUCGGCGUAUUUUGUUUUACGUUGGAAAUUGAAGACACGAAAACUUUGACGACGUUCCUAUUUUCGCACGAUGACUUAUGGGGAAAGACCGUGAUGUUGCGAUCAUACGCUGCGGAUGACGUGUAUGCAAAACUUGCCUGAGAAUUUUUCCGACACGCUCGAGAGAGGCUGGAUUAUUCUUUUUACAGUUAGUGUGUGUCCUGUACGCGAUAACCUAACUGUAUAAUAUCGAGCGGACUCGAGUGGCAGCGGAGUUGUGAUUGGUGACAAUGCCACGACAAACGAACGGAAAACUUAUGAUGCGUUCUGUACAGCAACUUUUUAGUAAAAAAUUAUGAUUUUCAUUAUCUGCGUACCGGUCAAUUUCAAUUAAAGGCACGCGCGUGACACGUAAUUAUAGCGUCUACGUUACUGAGAACUCAGUCACGUGAACGAGCAUAUAUGCACGCGUUGUGCAUGCGCAACACGCGCGGCAAUUGCACCAACAUCAGGACGCUAGAAUGAGCACAGAUGUCGACUCCUUUUUUUCACGACUGUCGUGUUUUUUUUUUUUUAUUCUUCUUUUGUUUUCAAAAACAGGUGCGCGGAAUCAUCGAAGUUGUUAUAAACGAUGACUUCAGGACUAUGAUGAGAUGCGAAUUCCUUGAUUAUAAAGUUGAAGUUGAAUAUUACAAGAUUUUUAGAUGACUGCGACAUGGAGGCUGAAUGUUGUGGUGAUGUCUGCAUGAUACUACCAAAAUUUUGACACUUAACUAAGUUUGGUCGUGGAGGAUUGAAUCUCUUUCACACAGUCAUGUUACAUCAACAUAACGAUCUAUGUUACACUUUUAUCCUUCGACUAGUCGUCAACUCGUUUCAUAACGAACUGUGCGAUGACAAUUAUGUCGCUCUCGAUGACACUUUGAAUUAUAAAACAAUACACGUGACUAUAUUUAUACGUGUGCAGUUGGUCACUCGCCGUAUUUGGUGGUCUGCUAUAUAAUAAUGGCAGCGAGUGUAUCUCUGUACAAGCGAUAUAUGUUGUCUUGGACUUUUGCAAUAGAUUGCCCCGAAGCAGACAGAUGAAACUGGGAAGA